AUGCGAAAUUUAGAAAAGUUUCGAGAUUCACGUUAUAAAAAAUACGUACAACAUGUAGAGAAAGUACUACAAUCUUUUGAUAAAGAAGUCAAUGAAUGGGCCGAUUUCAUAGCUUUUUUGGGAAAGCUAUUAAAAGUAAAUAAAGUUUUCACCAAUACCUUUCAAGCCUAUCCACAGUUUGCUGUAAUACCUAGAAAGUUAGUCGUUGGUAAAAGACUGGCACAAUCAUUAAAUCCAGCAUUGCCCCCCGGUGUGCAUCAAAAGGCAUUAGAAGUUUACGAUUAUAUUUUUAAUAGUAUUGGAAUCGAACAAUUAGCAGACGAUUUACCUAUUUAUUCUCAAGGAUUAUUUCCUUUCCUUCAAUAUGCUGCGAUGAAUGUUAAACCUCAAUUAUUAGAUUUAUAUGAAAAAUAUUUAUUUCCUUUACGGAAUCAAUUAAGACCUGUGAUGAAAGCAUUUAUAACAGCCCUAUUACCUGGUUUGGAAGAAGAAGGAAGUGAAUUUUUUGAUAGGGUUUUAUCUCUUUUGAAUUAUCUAUCUGGAAUUGUAGAACAGACAUAUUUUCUGCAGAGUAUGUGGCUUGUGCUAAUCACAUCAUCAUCUUUACGGACUCCGGCAUUAAAUUAUUUAUCUCGACGGAUGCCAAAAAUUACAUCUAAAGAAGCUGUGGUGUUGGGUGAUGAUAUUGGAAUUAUGGUACGAGCAUUUUCAGCGACAUUGGAAGAUAAACACGUUUUGGUGCAACGAGCUAUUCUUGAUUUAUUAGUUACAAGUUUCCCUUUAAAAGUCAAAAAUGUUGGAGAAAUCAUUCAACAAGAUGAUCUUAUAUUAUUAAUGAAAUCUGCUUCUGCAGUUGUUUUACGUAAAGACAUGUCACUUAAUCGAAGGCUUUAUGCAUGGCUUUUAGGACCCGACGAAAAUCCGGAGCAACAAAUGGAACAUUUUCAUGAAUAUGGCAAAAAUGCUCUCGUUUCUGCAUUGAGGUUCAUGUUUUUUUUGGAUACGAGUGAUUUAGCUACUGCACAACGACCAUAUAAGAUUUUGAUCUCAUUGAUGGAUAAGGAAGAAAUUGGACAACCUAUUGUACAGGAUUUAUUUGUCGAUAUUUUAUUGUCAUUUAAAAAUCAUAUUGAAAAGUCGGAAUUCAGUUCCGAUUUAUUACAAACAGCUAAUAUGUUUUUGGAGAUGAUUAAUCCAUAUUUAAUUUGGAUGAAAUUAUAUGGCCUAGUUCAAGAUCGAUUUUCUGCUCAAGAUGGAUUAGAUACUUCGGCUUUAGAUUUGGUUGAUUUCGUAUUGAAUUCUUUUCAAAUGCAUGAUGAUGAAAUUGAACAAAUACAUAUACCACUUUUCGUGACUGCCUUACUUCGUAAACUUCAGGUUAACGCAAAUUUCAUUCACCGUAUUUCACAAACUGAAUAUGCUCUAACAUUAUCUUUGGAUUUAUUGCAAAAAAUCCCUAAUAGUGUUUUUAGUUAUCGUGAACCUUCAAUUAAAAAAGAUUCUCAAGUUUCAUGUAAGGAUUCUUCAAUCAAGUCACAAGUUGAAACAGAUUCUGUGAAUGAAGAAACAGAAUCUGCGCAAAUAUCGCAGUUAGGAGUUUAUUUUUACACUGGAAUGGAUGCUUUGAAAUAUAUAAAUGAUUUUUAUUUUUAUGGAAAUGAAAAAGGGAGUGAAAAUAUUGUAAGCAAGCAAGUCAGUGGUAUUAAAGGACAAUAUUUAGUUCAAGAAUUACUGAAUUCGAUUCAAGGGUUCUUGCACAGUAUAAUCACUAAAGCUAUUCUUGUCAAAAGUGAAGAUUCACAGGAAAUUUCAUCGAGUCAUUUGGUUGUUAUAAUGGAUCGCAUCUGUUGCCUUUUAAAAGGGGUAUCAAUGCGAUUACAUUUAAUAGAAAAUAAUUCGGUAGAUUAUGAAAAAUUGGUAUCGAAAUUAUUCAAUGGAGAAUGGGUCCACUCAUUGUUGAAAUGUUGUUAUAUGAUUGACAAUUUCGAUAUAAUUGAUUCAGCACUUUCGACUAUUUUAAAUAUUAUAAUUGAUCAACAAUUUAUAUCCCCUAGCCUUAUCAAUUCAAAACAACAAAUACGGGAGAUUGUAAAUACUUUAUGGAAAUUUUUAGAUCCUAAUAAAGCAGCCUUACAUUUACGAGUUGUCCAAUUAAUUUGGAGUUUGAAAGAUUUAUCUCAAGCAAAUUACGUAGAGGCUGUAAUUUCAGAAUAUCUUAUACAAAAAGAUUCUUCAUUACGACAAUCAAACUUUGAACGCUUUGGUACUUUUUGGAGACUUUCUGAGAAUUUCCAAGAUACAAACUUACAUUUCUCUCAGCCAUUGUUUUUGAUACUUGAUGCUUUGCGUGAUGAAAAUCCGACUAAUCGUCGCGCAGGUGAAACAUGGUUACGAUGUAAUAAGAGAUCGUACAUGAGAAUCUUAGAGCCCAUGAUUCAAAUUCUUUGUGAUUCUUCAAUUAUGAGACAAAAGGCUGAGAUAAUUAUUGGUGUAGAAACGUUCCGAUUUUUUUAUUACGAAAGACCAUUUAAUCAGGCUCAAGUUGAUUAUGUAUUUGAGACAUUGUCUACUAUCUGUCGUGUUGAUGGAGAUAGCUUUUUGAAAAUGAUAAGAAAAAACAGCAUAAAUCAUGAUUUAGCAAAAUCAUGUAGUUGGCUUUCUGAAGAAGGGAAUGUAGUUAUGAAUGGAGCUGUAAGAGAGAUAACAUAUAGUGAAUUUUUUAUCAAGACUGCUUUAUUUUACUUGGAAUCUGAAGUGCCACGUACACUAUCUUCUAUGACUGUACUAAAUGAAUAUAUUCAUAUGCAUGCAAUGGACUUUCUUUAUCAUUUAAUUUUAAAGAUUGAGUAUGUCGAUAAUGAUUUAGUUCAUUUGGUACACGAUGUGUUAUUGAGGAAAGUUCUUUUUUGUAUAUAUUCGAAAAAGUUGGAUUUACAAUCAAGAUUGUUACAUUUAUUACGCAUUACAGUAACAAAUAUAGGACCCUCUAAUCAACAUUCUAAAGUAAAUCCUGUUUAUAUGGAUGGUCCAUACAAUUUACCACCAUAUAGCUAUGAUAAUUCUGUGUCAAAGGAAGAAAUGGAUACAAAGAAUGAGAGAAAUUUAAUUAUAGAAAGAUCAUCACGUUCUUUAAUUAAGGUGUUGCUUGACGCCUUAUCAAUAAAUUCUAAUCGUCCUCUUUUACAGCAGUGGAUGGAUUUUAUUAUGAUAUCUUUGCCAUAUUUCAGACAUUCAUUUAAUUCUAUAUUAGUUCCAUUAAUCCAGUGUAUUUGUGAACAAUUAAGUCGGUGGAAAACUGAAAUGCAUAACCAUUAUGUUUUCAUGGCUGAUGAUGAUAAAUCCGAUUCGUUGAAAUAUAACAAAAAAUCUGGUGAUUUGUCAAUGUCCGAAUGGGAUAUUAUUACCUUAAUUAGUGGAUUUGAAAAAAUAGUUAUGUUUUGUUUAAAGGAUGGAGGGUUAGCCGACGAAGCAGAAAAUUCUUCAACUGGAUCUAAGGCGUAUGAAUCAUCUCUUGGACUUACCGGCUUUGGGAAUCUCUUCUCAAUAGAUACAAGUCAUACCGAACAAACUUCGUCCGAACAAAAACCUCGAGAUUAUAUACUUUAUGAUGUCUUCCCAAGUAUUGUUACCAUAAUUAUAGACAUAUGGUCCAUAUUCAAGAAUGUUCACUCAUCAAAUCGUCCACAUAGAGUUGGAACUGAUCCAUUUUUGAUUACAUUAUCUCAUACGAGAGACAGAACUCAAAGGCGUAUUAUGAAGCUUUUAGAUAAGUUACAUAAACAUGCUCAUGCAGAGCUUAUUGAAGCAUUUGUGGAGCUUUGGUAUAUUGAAAACCCUAAUAGUAUUUCAAGUCAGGAGAUGUUAAACAAAUGUGCGGAAAGUAUUGUCAUUGAUGUAAUGAAAGUCAUUCCAGGUUUAUCCCCGCAAAAAGUGAUAGCCACUAUGUUAAAUAGCGCUCGUGGGCGAGCACAAGUUUUACAAAAUUCCCGAAUAAAAAAGUUGGGAUCUAAGAUGAACAAGAUAUCCGAUAUUAUUAUUCUACGAUUUUUAGAAGUUUACUGCGAUUCUUUAGCAGCUCCUCAACCUCUGAUUGAAGUUUGGCCUCAAUGCUUGGCUUACAUUAAAGACUAUACUGCGCAAGCUUCUUCAUAUAAAUAUUUGUUUCCUGCAUUGCUUAAGCGAUCAGUAGUGAUAGACGGUGAAGUCGAAAGCGUAGAGGUUAAUGAUGAAAGAGAAUCAGAUCUCGGUAGUUCAGUAAACUUGAUUUCCGAGGAGAAAAAGAUCGUUUCAAAAUCCAAAGAAGAAAUUUUAAUUGAUCAAGUAAACCAUUACCUUGCUCUAGUUGUGGUUCCAAAUAUCAAACGAUUGUUAAUUGAUCAAGAUCGAAUUGUUUCUCUUUUGACGAAUAUGAUGUAUUAUAUAAUUGGUCCUGUACUGAAAAAUCGUCCUAGUACUGGUAUACCGAUUGUCAUAUUAAAUAUUAUUUGCGAGAUGUCCAAGUUACCUUUUGCAUAUCGUGUCUGGCGCAAGGAAUUAUGGGAUGUCUUUAUAGAUAAUAAAUUUUUUAAUAUGACACCUGGAGCCGCUAAAAAAUGGCGCAUCAUAAUUCAUACAAUUAUGACUUCAGAAAAGGAAAGAUUCCCUGAACUGUUGGGACGUUUGUCUACGUCACCUGCCAAUGCUUUAUUUGUUAGCAAAGAACAAGAAUCUUUGAACCGUGCAUUAAGUCUGCGACGUAUCUCCUUUGUAAUUUACUGUGGUAAUAUGGAUCAGUAUCUACAGUAUCUUCCUCCUAUACAAGAAAAGUUGGUUGAGUUAUUCAAAUUGGGUUUAUCCGAAUUAAUUUAUUUGACUCUACGAAUAUUAAUGUGUCGAAUUUCGAACCAACAUUUAUCAAAUUUUUGGCCAGUUAUUCUUACGGAAUUGGUUAGACUGUUUGGGAUGUUCCUACAAAAAGAACCAGUCGAGCAACAAUCUGAAGUUGCAAACGUUUUUUUAGCUGCUUGCAAAUUCUUGGAUUUAUUAUUCGUUUUACAAACCAAUGAUUUCCAAGUUUAUGAAUGGAUGUUCAUAUCAGACACAAUUAAUGUCAUUAAUCACGCUCUUGAAUGGUCAUCUUAUGCGUUAAUGGAUAAGUUGGCGGAUAAUCUUUCAGGUCAACAGCAAGAUUUAUCAAAGCUUCACUUGGAUAAUAUAGCAAGUCAAGAUAGAGCGGAAUCACCAAUAUCACGAGCUCUCACAUUUUCAAACGGUGACAGCAAACGACCAUUGUUGACAUUGAAAAGUAUUACUAAUAUUAGACAAUUAGAAUUUUUUGUAAGAAAUGUGAGCUUAUAUGUUUAUAAAUCUAUUUACACACUUGCAAAACCAGAUAUUCCAUAUAUUGAGAGUUUAUUAGAAAAUGAUAUGUUAGAAUACGGUAGUGUAUAUAGCACAGUUGAAUUGGGAAGUAUUGACGUUGGUAGUGGUGAGAUAUAUUCGUAA